AUGGACGGCCUGCCACGGCCCAAGGACAAGAACACGGCCAAGGUCCGCCUGACCAACGCGCUGUCGGCCAAGGCCCUCACCGUGUCCCCAGCGAUCGUGCGGAUGAAAGAAGCCAUCAAAUGGCUCGGCGUGUCUGGGGCGAGGAUGACGAGCCAGGCCAUGGACAAGGACUCGAAAGAGAUCGAAGAAUUCGACUUCCUGCUCAUUAACGGCGAGGAAGAUGACCUCGAAGAACGAAGAGUGCCGGGCAUAGUCCUCGACUGGACUCGCUAA